GGUGCCACUUCCCUCCAAUUCAUUUCCUUCAACUUCAUUACAAUUGGAGGGUUAAUCUUUCAAUUAUCAUAAUUUUCACAAUCACAAAACAGACAUUUCACCUUUUUGAAAACCCUCUAAACUAACUUCCUUUGGUUUGCUCUUUAAGAAAGUGAUCAUUUUUCUUGCUCUCUAAUAGUUACAACCAUGACUUCUAUUUGAUAUUUACACAAAACAAAGCAAAAAAAGAACAAAUUUCAUUGACACAUAACAAAUGGAGGUUCAAUCUUCCGCGGUGAAACGCGGCUAUGACAUAACCAUGUCAAGAAGAACAAGGAAACAAAAUGAAAAACCAACCACAAAGGAUGUCUCAACAACAAAAGAUGUUGUGUCUCUUGAAACUACUCUUCAAGAGUUGAAAGAAGGUAAUGAUGAUCACAAAAGCUUGAAGCAAUUGAUUGGAGGAGAAGCAAAAGAAACAACAAAGAAGUGUAAUAAUGAUGAAGGUGAAAGCAAAGGAAGAAACUCACUUGGUGAACAUUUUAGUGAAGAAGAGAAACAACUUCAACUUGUUACUAUGCAACAAAAAGACAAUCUUCAAGGUUUGAAGUUUAAGAAAUUGGUCCGUCGUUAUGCUAAAGUUUUGGGGCAUUUAAUGAAGGCUAAACGUGAUCCUCAUUUAGGUGAUGCUGGAAAAAAACCUGUUUUCAAGUUAUCAGCUUAGGAAAAAUAAAUAAUUUUGAUUAUUUUUCCAGCUUAUGAUUUGGUUGAUCUAUAAUUUUCUAUGUUUAUCUAUGUACUAAGGUUAUAUUUUGGUCAGCAAAAAUGCCUUAACUUUGUAUCAUUUGUGAAUACUACUUAUUCAUGCAUUAUGCAUAUAUGUGACAUUAUGUUUAUGCA